AAUAUUUUCACAAUGACAAAAGAAUAAAUCUUAUCAAUUUCAUCAUAUAAAUGGGAAUUCCAAAGUUAACUAUAAGUCUACAAGUAACUAUUGUCCCAUAAGGAUACAGUUCAGUUGGUAGGAACAUCGUAUUUUAUAUGCAUCUUAUAAAUAGAGUUUUAUGACUAUGCACUAGUGUCUAAAAUAGUUCUACACAAUUAUCCAAUUGUGGAUUUGUAUUCAGUGCAGUCUAAUUGCAUGCAAUCAAUGCAUCUAAACUGUCUAAUCAAGAUCAAGCGAUCUAGAUUUUAUAGUCCAAUUUUAAUUGUUUAUAAAUAAAAAAUUCAAGCUUAAAUUUUGGACCAUUCAAUCUUAAUCUGACGGUCUUUAUAUAGCCGAUUGCACUACAUUUACUAUUUUCUAACCGCAGAUAACCCCAAUCCUCCAAUUGUACUUCAUCAUGAUGUAACUUUGUUAUAUCUUUUUCUAAAAGAUGUCAUCAAAUAUCUGCAUAGUGAAAUAUCAUUCAAUGAGUGUGAAAGUUUUUUAUACUGCUAAUGUAUAGUUACUAAUCCAUAUAAAUAUGUAACUUUUUUAGCAUAUACUUUAUAAUGCAAAGUUGCAAAUAUGUCUAAAACAGAUAAAACACAAACCAAUUGUUCCACUACUUUACUUGAGCUACUUACAGAAAUGAAGAACCUAUCCUACACAGACCAAUCCAAUUUCCAACCAAAAUCACCAUCAAAUUUCUCCUCCGAAUGCUGGUUCGAUGACGCAUGUAUCCUAGACAUGGAUUACUUUGUGAAAACACUUUCUGGAAUCAAAGCAAAAGGCGUUCGAGCUGAUUUAAUCGGUUCCAUUAUCACACACUAUGCAUCCAAAUGGCUACCUGACAUAGCUGAUCAAAAGGGUCUAACACAAUUUGAAGAAUCGUCACCUGAGAGUGUAACAGCUUCAUGGAUGAAGAAAAGGUUCUUUGUAGAAACCUUAGUUAAUGUUCUACCACCAGAAAAAGAUUCAAUUCCAUGUAACUUUCUUCUUAGGCUAUUGAGAACUGCUAACAUGGUUGGUGUUGAUGGAAGUUAUAGACAAGAGCUUGAGAAGAGAAUUUCAUGGCAAUUAGAUCAAGCUUGUUUGAAAGAACUUGUUAUUCCAUCUUUUAGUCAUACUUGUGGGACACUUUUGGAUUUUGAGCUUGUUAUUAGGCUUGUUAAGAGGUUUGUUAGUUUGGAUAAUGAAGGUGCUAAAAGUGGUGCUGCUUUGGUUAAAGUUGCUAAGUUGGUUGAUUCUUAUCUUGCUGAAGCUGCUGUUGAUGCUAAUUUGAGUUUGGAUGAGUUUGUUACUCUUGCUGCUGCUCUUCCAAGUCAUGCUAGAGCUACUGAUGAUGGUUUGUAUAGAGCCAUUGAUACUUACCUAAAAGCACAUCCAAGUGUAUCAAAGCAAGAAAGAAAAGGUCUAUGCAGGCUAAUAGAUUGCAGGAAACUAACACAAGAGGCAUCACUUCAUGCAGCACAAAACGAACGAUUCCCGGUAAGAGCAGUAAUUCAAGUCCUUCUCUCAGAACAAACAAAGCUCAACAGACACAACAACAAUCAUAACAUGGAUUGGAGUGGAUCCAUAAUGAGCAUAACAAGAAGUCCAACAAAUGGGUUUGGACUCGAAGCAGCUCCAACAGCAAGGUGUUUAUCAAAGCGCGAAAUGAAUGCUCAACAGAUUGAGAUAAAGAAAUUGAGGGAAGAUGUUCAUAGGCUGCAAAGUCAGUGUAAUGCAAUGCAAGUUCAGAUGGAGAGAAUGGUUGAAAAGAAGAAAGGGUUUUUUAAGUGGAGUAAGAGGUUUGGUGUGCAUGGUUUUGGUAAAGGAGAUUGUGCUGUUGAGAGAAGAGGUGAAGGUGUUGAUGGUGAUGCUCAGAUUGAGUUUGGUAGACAGACACCAGCUGCUACUUCUGAUAUGAAAACUAGGUUGGUGAAUGUUAAAGGAAAUUAAGGACACAUUCGAAUGAAAUUGCGCGGUUGCGAUGUUGUUGUGGAGGCAUGUGAUAUCUUUAUAUUGGUGUAGAAAUUUAGGUUGCGGACCACGGUUUAAAGUUGUGAAAACAAGUGAAGUCAAGGUUGCAUAGCAUGGUUCAGUUGGUUUAUAGUUUGUGUUUGUUAUGUUAAGCAAAUUAAUUUGGUUAAUAAGUUUGUUUGUUGGUUUUAGUCUAGUAUUGUGAGGUAUAAAAUAAUAUGUAAAACUCUUAUAUUUUGGAAUAAACUUUAAUAAGAUGUGAUAAUAUAUGA